UUUCAGAAAAAGCAUACUUACAGCCACGUCUGAUUAACCAGGAAAAGGGGGUCUAAUUAUCUACACUGGAAUGACUUUUCAGAGGAUAAGCAGAUAUCAGGUCCUGUUACUCAUAUUGGAGUUUUUGACCCCAACACUCAAAAACACAAGGUCCUUUGGAUUUACAACCAAAAGGUGAAGAUUGUGUCAUGUACCCUUAACCGAGAGAGAACAUUACUGGGUUUUACCACGCUUACCCGCCAGGACAGUGAGACAGAAAGUCAAGGAAAGUCGAGGGAUGUCUAUCAAGCCUUCUUGGCUGAGCUGCAAUCUUCGGACACUAGAGUUUUCUCCCUUAAUCUGCAACGCUCUGCAUUUCUCAAAGUGCAGUUUUUGCACCCAGAUGUCAACAUCUCUUCAGGCAGUAAUACAUCUCGUGACUCACAUAUGCUUGUCUUUCUGCACAAGGAAUCCAUUGGACUGUAUCAAAUUCAUAUGGCCAGGAUAGGUGACAGAGGCAUAAUGAUGUCUGGACAGCCAGUCACAGAGCAGAUUGUGCGCAAGUUUGUGUGGAUGCAGUGGGAUGCGCAUCACCAGCGUCUUUACUAUGUGUACAAUGUCCGCCAUGAUAAUGCAAAGGCGGACACUGUCAAGCAGAGGCUCUCUACCAUCCAGUUUUAUGGUGGUGGUAAAUAUGACAAUAUGAUUGAUGUACCAAUAAAUUUUCCAUUUCCGCACAUUCGAUCAUCUACUAGAUCGAACUAUGCUGACAUUCCUCUCCAUCAGGGUAUCCCAGAUAUCUUGGUGAAUGCUGUGGUUCUGACCCAGAACAACGGCAAUUUCUGCUUCUGCUAUCAAGAAUACAUUCACAGAGUGGCACAGUCUUCCCAAACAACCCAGUCACAGGAUGAGAGUGAGUCUACAGACAUCAGCUAUCAUGUCUGCAUGGUGCAUCAUGCAAAGACACUUCAUGGGCGACCUACAGGACUUCCCAGACAUGCUAUGGUUGGAAAACGCAUUGUCUUCCACUGGUUUGGAGACUACUUGAUGGUUGCAUUGCCAGGUGUUUUUUGCCAUCUUUUAAAUGUGAGCCUGGAAUAUGAGCCAUGCCAUCAUAUUUUAUUGCACAACCAAAGUAUUCAUGAAGCAAGCAGGGCUCAUGUCACAGCUGGUUCAGCUGGACAGCUGCAACAUGACACAGUGGCGUCUUCAGACACCUCACAGCUAGUAGCAUCAGAUGGUGCUGCAGCUGCAAAAGCAGAAGAGUUUGUUGACACAAAAGAGUUCUCAGCCCAAGAACCUUCAUCCAAGCUUCAGCUUGAUUUGGCUUCAGCUUCGGAAGGAUCCUUUGGCCUCCUCCCAGGACCUUUACAGUGCCUUACACCUUCUUCACGACCUGCCACAGUUCAUGAUGAGUGGGUUAGCGAUGUGGUUUCCCUCUUAGACAAACAAUGCCUCAAGCUGUUUUCUGUUGUGUCAUCCUGCUAUGGCUUCUCACGUGAGACUGGUGUAUCAGGAACCUCUUUGUAUGAUUCCCAUACUGGUUUUUUGUGGCGCCUGGCUUUGAACCAAACCUUCCUCAUACAGUCCUUCAAGUCUGCUUACUGGCAAACACGGAUGGCCAUUAUCCAUUACCUCCUUAUGCUUCGAAACAGAGAUUACUUGAGCAUUAGGCAGGUGUUUGAAGUGUUGGCUGAAGACACCACAGAGCCUGAGCUGCACAUGUUUUUGGCAGAGUAUCUGGUUGCAUCAACAUUUAAUGCCAUGAGGAAACAAACUGAUAAGGAAACACUUCGGCUACUAAACUUCACAACAGCUGAUACAUUUCGGGGACAGUUUGAAAAGAAUGCUGCAGGAGAAAGAUUGGCACGAGUGUCCUACACUUCCCUUGACAGUGUCAACAUCAGCACCAAGGUGGCACAGGACCGACGACGUAGGCCGUCAGAAGACAGCUGGGAUCUACUUCGCAGGAGUCUGCGCUUGAAGCAGAUGCCACCCCCCUCACGAUUUUCUCAUGAUCAUGUGAUCAGAGCCAUGCAGGAGGUGGAUAGUAAUGGACAACACAGCAAAAAAUGGACCUGGGUCAGUCACCUAAUGGAUGAGCCCUUCUUGCAGUCUGUAAAACCUCCAAAUCCUGCUACAAUUAGGAGUGGAGCUACUUCAGGAGUUGAAACAGGAGCAACCAGACGCAGUCGUUCAGAAACUGCAUUUGGCUCUAUGCCACUUUUUCUUCAAGCCAGUGUCUCUCACAUGACAGAGAACAGAAAACUGGCAUCAAGUUUGACUGAACAGCUGUUACUGAGUCACCUGUUGCAUCACCUGAAGAAGGAAGCUCGCAUCAAGGCACAAAAUAUUGCAAAAGAAUAUAUUCUUUGUCAGGCCCAACAGUCACAUCAGCUUUGUCACCUUCUGUGGAGCAUAUAUAGUCAAGAUAACACCACUGCAAAUGAGACAUUUCUUCCUCUGUUGAACCAAGCUGGAACAGACAAUGAAUACAAGUUAUUUCAGGUUUUCGAAAGAUUCUUUCUUGCUACCCAGGAAAUUGUCUUUCCUCGCCCUUCAGGAUUCAUGAGUUACUUCACAGCUCUUGGCUUCAUCUGUUUAAAUCUCAGCCUUUUCCUGCAGUAUGUGGAUAGGGGUGUUCUUCAGCUGACACCAGACUUCAUCCUGAAGCUUCUAGAAGAUUUACCUGAUGGUCAAGGGAAUGAAAACAACAAUGCACAAAUAAAGUUCACCAUUAUCUCACGCUUGCCAAAGCCAUUUGCAGAGGACUGCUUCAGGUACUGGAACCAUCCUGUGUCGACCCAUUUUACAGCACGAGAACAGGUGGCUCAGCUAUUACAAGAAGGUGCAAGAGGGCUUCUAAGGACUAGAACUGGAACCGAAGGAGAAAUCACAAGUUCUUCCACCAAAACAUCUGAUGGUCAGAGAACUGCGACCACCUACUUUGAUACAAAUAGCUUGCACACCAGUCCAGAUCCCAUGUCCUUCAAACCGCUCACAAUUUUCAUUAGGUACCUGGAGGAGACAGCAGCAGAAAUUCAGCAUCUGAAGCCAGGCUCCUCAUCACUUAUGUACAACACACAGAUAAUUGAAGACGCAGCCUUAGCACAUAUGAGGAGAGAAACGUCAUUUGACCUGUCUUCUAUGAACUUUUGAGGCUUGCAAAAAUGACUUGUUUUCAUGAGUGAACUUUUAUUGGCAUUAUCAUAGAUGAACACUGCCUGCAGUUUAAUUUUUUUUUUCCAUCCUCCUGCAGCUGCUGGAACAGUUACAUUUCUGGCUUCUUGUGCUUAAAGUAGUGAAAUGGUAGUGUACAGCCUAAUCUGCCGUGAUCCCUACCUUAUCUUUCGAGUUUAGUCAUGUCCUGUUGUUGCAGUCUACCAUCAUGGAUAUGUUAUUUCCAUUGUUUUGGGAACUGACAACGUAGCAAAGGGCUCACUUAACCUCGUGGAUAUGUGACUAAAUAUGUCUUCCAUUUGUUGCUGCUUCUUCUAAUUGUUAAUUUCUUUGUUAAUAUUUUUUCAUUGAUUUGUCCUUUGCAUUCUAUUCUUGUAUUAAGCUUUGUUACACUUUAUCUGUUAUGCAGAGGUGAAUAUUAAAUAUCACCAACAGA